UUUGCUUCUUUGAGAUCGAAAAAGUCGUAAUAGAUUUAGGCGGUAAAGUAAAAAAUUGAUUUGCGAAAUUUUCCAUUACUAAUACACAUAAACUUUUAAAGUAUUAAUGUAAAAUAACGAGCACAAUAAAGAGAGUGGUUUAGGCAGGGCAAGUUACUCUAGCAUAUGUACUCAACUACUCAUAGAAAUAUUCAGGAUAAGGUAAAAUGUCAUUACGCGACGAAAAGUUAGAUUUAGUGAAAUUAAAAUUUAAAUCAGUUAAUAAGCGGAAAAUAAUGAAAGAAAAAGAAGUUCUAAAACUACGUAACAAGGAACGGGCUCUCUUGGAAGAGCUUGGAAGUUUGAAAAGUGAAGUAGAAUAUUUGAGGGAACGAUUAGAAGAUAUGAAAGAGCAGAUAUCUCAGACGCAGAACCAAAUCUCAAUGAUAGAAAUAUGUAGAAUAUCUGAGGAAGCCAAAUCUAGGGCCCAUUUGUCCAACCUCAAUUCACAUUUGAGUGACUUCGAGAGACUUUUCGAAAAAGAACGUGAACUAAUCGAAUUAAAGAACAAAGAGCAAAGAGACAUAGAAGCAGCGGAACUAAAGUUGCGUAUCCAAAAAGAAAAGCAGAUUCUAGAAAUAAAUGCGGAACACGACAGAGAAGCUGUCGUCGUGGAGGGAAAAUGCGCUGCUGUGGAAAAGGAAUGCGCAGUUUUGAAGAAAAGAAAUAACGCUAUAAUGUUGCAACUCCGCCGUAAGCUGCUCGAAACAGAGAACAAAAGACGACAGCUGAUGGAGAUGAACGAAUGAAAAAAAAAUACCUUAAAUUUCACAUUAUUAAUUAAUUUAAUAUUGCCAUGUCAAAAAAGUAUUCGAGUAAAUGAAUAAAAUCCAUUAUUUUU